UCCGCCACAUGUCGAAUGUCUCCUUGCGUAUUUAUAAUGAGGUCUCGGUUUGCUUGCAAGUCUCUGGGAUCUUCUAACUGAUUCUGUGAUAUUAUUUUCAUCAGUAUCAUCUGGACUUAUUUCUGAAUUAUCUACAAUAUCAGGAUUAGUAGCGGAAUCAUUAAAAUUAUAAUCGGAAAGACAUACUUCGUUUAUUCUCACUUGAUCCAGGUGUCUGUUAUGAAUUGAAUGAUCUUCGAUGUCUAAUAUUUUCACCAUUCGAUUUCCCAUUUUUUGUAGUAUGAUUCCAACAGAAGGUCUAUAGUCAUUCCCUCUGUAAUAAUGUACAUCAGAAGUCGUGGAUAUUAGGUGCUUUCUGAGAAUUCGAGAUUUGAACAGUUUAGCAGGACUUUCAUGGGUACUUGUAUGCUCCGCAUUGCGAUAUUGAAGUAGGAAGUUAUCUACACACAUAAGUAUGCCCUGCUCAAACAACUUGUCCGACUCCUUCUUAACUGGAUCUCACAAACUGUAUGGAAUCAAUCAACGCUAUAGAAAGACAGGAUCAACCUCUGUUUCCAGAUGGAUAGGCUGGAUCUUCAAGCCAUCUACACACUUUGAACAUUGGAGAAGUAAUUCUCUGAGCAAAGAUUCAUCAAACAACUUAGUGCUAAGUGAGGUUUGGAUAUUCAACAAUCUAAGAGCCUUAAAUCACAAUAAAGUUGAACCAUAUUCACUCACACUAUCACUGUCUGACCUCGAAACAAUGUUAACAGUACCAAUAGGGGGUGGUUUAUAAC